AUGGUGGGCACAAAUUAUCACAACAUUCGCGAGCUCGCCUCAGAGUUAUCUUGUCCCCUCGAGCCGUUUAAAGGGCGUGCAUUAGACAUUGACCGAGGUGUUCUCAUCCAUGAGGACACCUCAUUAAUCUGCGAGUACCAAAAAUUAUUGCCCCAUAUCAAUCAUUAUUUAGGGGAACGUUCCCAUACCCAAGCGGUCGCAAAUCCUGGACACGGAAUCUUAAGUGAGGAGCAGUUGUUCCCUCCUAUCGGGCAGUACCUUACCGCAAAGCAAUUAGAGUACUUGCGAGAUGCAUGGGCUCUUGCAUUCACCUCAGCUGGUUAUGGGUACAUGGACGCUGACGUCCCUGUUGCCUAUUUCCUAAAGUUUAUCGAGGCCUCGGAAAAUAAAAUUAGCUAUUUCCCCAAUGGCUUCUAUAAGCUGUGGGAGAAAAUGAUUGAAGGAAUCAACGUCAUAACGCGGGCACACGUGACUAAGGUUGACCGCUCACUGGCGAAAGCUAACCUAGGUCCGAUUUUGGUGACAUACCAGCAAUCGCCGUACCAGCAGACGGUGGCGUUCGACUAUCUCAUAAUUGCCACUAAUCCGCGCCAGACGGAACCUUUUCUCGAUUGCACGCCUGAUGAGGCGACCCUAUUUCGACAGGUGGUCUACUUCGACUAUUAUACAAUAAUCGCCACCGUUGAAGGUUUAUCCACAAAACAGGGGUUGACAACCAUUCCCAAAUACUGCCAAGACAAGACGUAUGUGGGCCACAUCACAGCAUUCUACUGUGCCUACGAGGGCAUUCCAACAUACAGCUUUUAUGCGUACGGCGCCGCCGAGGUGCCCCAAGAGAAGGUUAUUGAAUACUUUCGUGAGGAUAUCGAGAAAAUGGGCGGUUCCCUUAAAGGGAUCCACUAUACUAAGCAUUGGGACUUUUUCCCGCACGUUAAUUCACUAAGCAUGGCGAGGGGAUUUUACUCCAAAGCAGAAGGUCUCCAAGGUCAACAUAAUACUUUUUAUACUGGAUCCUGGCUCGAUCUCGAGCUAACUGAGAAUUGCGUCCAGUAUAGCAAAGACCUGGUGAUGAGAUUUUUCUCCGAUACUCCUAAUCAGUCGCUACAUUUACCAACCUCGCCUCCGGUUGAAGUCAAACCACCGUCCAUGAUGACCCUCGGUCUUGCACUCAAGUCGGCUGCUGAGAAAUAUCCUGAGAAGGCCGCAUUCACCUGGGUCAAUGCUAGUUUAAAAGAAGAGCUGCAAUUGACGUACGCUCAACUUUAUCGACAGGCCAGAUCAGUGGCUCAGUUCCUUGUAACAAAGGGACACAAGAAGGGUGACCGAGUACUGUUAUGUUAUGCCCCCGGGCUUAAAUUCCUUCCUAUUCUCUUCGGGUGCUUUAUGUGUGGUGUUAUUGCCGUCCCUGUUGCUCCACCCAACUUGUCAACCGCGCAGAAGGACAUCGCGCGCUUCACGUACUUGACGAGCACUACAGGCGCUCGCAUCUGUUUUUCGGAUAAAGACUACCUACAAUACACCAGGUUUUACGCGUCGAAGGCCUUGGUGGGGUUUGUCGAUAAGAUUAAGUGGCCAGAGGGUCUCACGUGGAUUGAAGGAGAAACUAUCUCCCCUAAAACGCUCUACGAGGAACGAUUAAUAGCUCAAGUCGACCCGAAUGACGUUGCCGUAUUACAAUUCUCCUCGGGCAGCACCGGGGAUCCUAAGGGGGUCAUGCUAACCCACAAGAACCUCCUACAUAAUGUGGAUCUCAUGCAAGCAGAAACAGGGAUAAAUGCAGAAUCUAUCUUCGCGUUCUGGGUCCCCCAGUUCCAUGAUCUUGGUCUCAUCGGAGGAUUUCUCAAUACAGUGAGAGCUGCCUCUCGCUCAAUUGUCAUGUCGCCACUCACCUUCCUGCAGCGGCCCGAAGUGUGGCUGCAAAUGAUUUCAAAGUACGAAGCCAACUUUACGGCAGCUCCAAAUUUCGCAUAUGAACUCGCAGCGCGGAAAUGCUCAGACAAGACGCUCGAGUCUCUGGACUUGAGUAGUCUUAUUGGUGCUUUUAAUGGGGCUGAACCGGUACGUUGGUCAACGCUCCACGUGUUUGCGGAAAAGUUCGCGAAAGCGGGCUUUAAUCUGUCUGCAUUCAAAUGUCUGUAUGGCCUCGCCGAGCACUGCGCCUACGCGGUUGGGUUUCGGAAUACCCAUGGCGUACCAACGGUUAUUGACGUUGAUCCUCAGGAUCUUCUCUCAGGGCGUGUGACAAUUCGGUCAAAUCCUUCUAUUCCGAAUAGAAUAGUCGCCACAGGCGUCCCCAAUACGUCGAUGCAGGUAGAAGUGAGGAUAGUAGACCCAAAUACGAGACUAUUGUGUCCGCCGAACGUUGUCGGAGAGGUUUGGCUAUCGAGUCCGAGUGUAGGCGAGGGAUACUAUGGAAAGGAGGAGUUAUCUGAGGAAGUCUUUCGGGCUAAACUACAUAAUGACGAGGAUCAGGAUCGGGGUUGUUUCCUGCGCACAGGAGACCUUGGCUUUAUGCACAAAGGCCAAUUGUUUAUUACGGGACGUCUUAAGGACGUCAUCAUAAUAAACGGCAAGAACCAUUAUCCCCACGACAUCGAGCUCACUGUGCAACAAUGUCACCCUCGCAUUCGACCGGGUUGUGUGGCCGCUCUUCAUCAUCAUGAUCCAUCUCGGGGAACCGAUACACUGGUCAUCCUUGCCGAAAUCAGAGAUGACCGCGAAAAAGUUGAACUCGACGCAAUAAUUCAUGAAAUCAGUCGCGUGGUGCCCGCGAACCACGGGUUAUCAGCCGAAAGAGUAGCCCUAUUGAGGGCCCACAGCAUCCCAAAAACGACCAGCGGCAAGCUGCAACGAGCACGAACUAAGGCAAUGCUAAUGGCUGGCGAGCUAGAUAAGAGGAUACUCCUUAGUGAUGGUAAUUUGGCAGAAAAGACAAAACCCCGCCUGUCGGUGUCAGCAUCUGUUGAAGUCAAUUUAACCCUCGCCGAAAUAAGCGAAGUGAUAAAGCGGGGAGUGCAAAAGGUCUCUAAACUCGCUCCACCUGAGGUCGACGAGUCCGCCAACAUAAUAACGGCGUACGGUUUUGAUUCCUUAGCGGCUGUACAAUUGACUGCUUCCCUGAAAGAUGAUUUCAGGGUUGAAAUACCCCCGACGCUACUCUACGAUAUCCCGACGGUGGAGGGUCUCGCAAAACAUGUCGCUAAACUGCUUUCUGCCCAGAAGGCAGAAUCGGUUGUAACUUCGCCCACAUUUGCCCCGCCGGAGUCACCAUUUACUCCUCAACCCUCGCUGUCCGAAAUCGAAUCCAUUCUGGGUACCCAUGUCCAGAAAACGUCGCGUAUAGCGGCGAAACUUGAAAAGAUAGAUCGAAAGGCGAACAUUAUUACAGAAUAUGGAUUUGAUUCCCUGGGGGUGGUUCAGCUCUCAGCAUUAAUAAGGGCGAGCUUCCAGGUGGAGGUAGCUCCUGCUGCGGUGUAUGAUAUAUACACGAUUAGUGCUCUUGCCGAGCAUAUAUACUCACUCAUGUCGCCUCAAAAAAAACGAAGACCGGUUGUUCAAGAUAAAAAAGAGAUAUUAAGCACGAAAGCAAUGCCGCUUCUUGUUCCCCUCGCGCCAACGAACCCUUCCAACAGGAAUAACCCCGCCUUAUUCUGCAUCCAUCCGCUGCUAGGAAAUGUGGCAGCGUAUGUCCACAUAUCUCGUGUGAUAGGUAUUACUCGCCCUCUUUAUGGCGUUCAAUCACCAGCAGAUUUUCCCCCCGACAUCACAAUUCUUGCCAAACGGUACGCCGACGUCAUACAGAGAGAACAACCUUCGGGUCCAUAUUAUCUGUGCGGCUAUAGUUAUGGUGGUCUAAUUGCCUGGGAAGCAGCUAAACAUCUGGCUGCGUUGGGCGAAAAAAUCGGAGGAUUAUACUUAAUUGAUGCCCCGAGCCCGAUUGCUCAACCGGUUAAACCCAUUCGCGAGGAUAAGGAACCCCAUCUAAUAUGGGAGGAGGAGAUUGAACAACUACUGUCUGAUGUGGACAGCCAAUGGAUGCUGAGAAAGCGAGCAAGCGACCCAGAACAAAUAACCGAUUUAAAACGUUUGGUCGGAAAACAUAUACGAGCGAUGUACGCCCACACCGAAGACAUCUCCACGCUGUCUGCCGUACAGCCAUAUCCCAUACAUUAUUGGAGGGCAAAAGAUCUGUCCAAGACAUCUUCCCUCCUUUUGGAUCAUCCAUGUUUCCAUGAACCCAGUUGGGGUUGGCGAAAAUACAAGGGUAGCAUUACCUUUUACAAUAGUGUCCCGGGGCACCAUUAUUCGGUGCUUUCGGAAGGUAACUGCCAAAAACUGGCCCGAGAACUUGACAGAGCUCUACCAAAGUCCAAUAGACGUUCCAGCGCCGAAUUACGGCCCCUGUUGCUCGAGAAGAGCGCGAAUAGGGAUCGUUGUAGUUUAAAAAGUUCGAAGAGGUCGCCACACAACAUUACGCACUUUCUCAGUGCGAAGGUGCCGUUAUACUAUGUGAUCGCAAUCACUAUCGCGAUUUCUUAUACUAUGCAGCGAUUAACCACGAUAGUGAUAUGA